AUGCCACCAAAACUCAGCGACGACAUAGUCCUCCUCAUCGGUCAACAGCUACAAUCACUCAACUACCAUAAAACCCUGUCAAGCCUUUCCUACUCCUGCAAGACCAACCAUCAACUCCUCACUCCACUCGUCUAUCGACAUGUCAUCUUGACUGAUCAUUCACUUCCCAAAUUGUUCACUAGAAUAAUCGAUAUCCCUAACGGAGAGAAACAUGCGUUCAUCCAACCCAUCAACGAGGAAGACGAUGAGGAAGACGAUAUCCCUCUUUCUUCCUUGACUCCGACUAGGAGGCUGAGGGUUCAAUUAGGAAUGGUAUUCAAGAUGACAGUCGAUACCAACAAUGAACAAUUCCCCUACGAGAUAUUGACCACCAUCGCCAAAUGUCUAUUGUUCUAUUUCGAUGACCUGCUGUUCCCCAGGAUCUCCAAGCUGGUAUUCACUGCCAAGCAUGGCACCAUGGGGAGGAUAGGAUCGUUAUCCAGUGACAAAGAUCCUUACCAUCUCCUUCGAAACUUCUUACCUAUCGCGUGUCGACCAAAAUACAUCUGCUGCUCAUUCAACUCCACUACACCAGCAUGCCUGAACGAUGUAUUGGUCCCUUACUUCACAGUCAUGGAUGAAGAUGGCGAAGUCGUCAACAUUCAUGAAGCUAGAGCUUUUUGCAUCCCUCCAAAGUUGUCCAAAAGUAGAAUCAGUUAUGGCAAGGCGGAGUAA